AUGAUGGGCACUGUGGCGAAGAAGAUAGAAGGAAUUGAAGGUCGAGGAUUGAUAGAUGUGGUGUUUUCUUGGUCUAUAGAUGAUGUCGAGCCAAUUCCGGAGACAUUCUAUUCAGCAAAACACUAUCUACGGUCAUUCAACUACCCUCUUAUAGAAGAAACACAUGCUAGUCUGCGGUCAAGUUUUACUCUUAAGAGUUGUCCACCUGCACGCGAAAUAUUUGAUGUCAACCCUAACAAAGAUUUCAGACCUCCCAAAGAUUUGUUCUAUACCAUGACAUUGAAAAGAUUGAGUGGAAGUGAGGAAAACAAAAGAGUAUAUGAACCAGAGGUUGGAGAUUUAAUUGCCUUGACAGAUGUAAGACCAAAAUAUAUUGAAGAUUCGAACACGAGUAGAUGGCCUUACAGUUUAGCUGUACUUUACGGCAUCAAGGAUGACGACGAUUCCACUAGAAUUUCAGUCAUUUCUUCGAAGCCCAUCGUGUUUGAUAUGCCGGACAUGGACAAACUUUUUGCUGUUUAUCUUACAAACUUGACGACAAAUAUCCAAAUAUGGCAAGCAUUGCAUCCAAACCUGAUAGGAGAAAACAUGAAGAUCAUUAAUUCAGUGCUGAGAGUCAAUCCAUCAGUUAAUUUGUUGUUUGACAUUAACUCCUCUCUGUUCCAAAAGGCAAAGUGGAAGGUUUGUUUUAGUGAUGAAUUCUUGAAAUCCAUGUCUAACAUUCAAGACAUCGACAUCUGUAAAGAGGUCCUUUCUCUUUUGGAGAAGCUUUCAGAUGGAUGGCGUCAGCUGUACAAACCUGAAAUUCUCAGUAACAUGGAUAGUGCUGCUUCACAACUGUUGGAACUAUAUGAUGUCAAAGGGCCAUUGAAAUUGAUUUGGACCAUUGACAUUCUCCGGGAAAAUUCAAGCAACGUUCAAGUUAUCAAAGUUUUGGACAUUUUGCCAAGUUAUGAGAUAUUAAAAUUGGCCAAGAAACUUGAUUCAGUAUUGGGGAAGUAUACAGCUGAUCAUUCGAGCCAAUGCUUGUUCAAGCGCGUUGAACAGGACUUGGUACUUCCAAUGACUUGGCCAGUGAAUACAGAUGCUGGAAAUGUUCCCUCUGGCAGUGAUCCUGUACAAGAGCUAGCAAGCCAAGUGGCGGCAGUCAAUAUACGGGAUGAACCGGGAGUAUGA